CUAGUCGAGGGAACUACCAUCGAGAGCUUGCAGCAUGCAAUCAAGGAUAAGGACGCCUACCCGGAAAUAGAGUGGGACGCAACAGUGCGGGUCGGGGAAGCCCUCACUGAAGCCGAGACACAGUUCCUCGCCGAACGCCGUGAACGCGUCGCCAGGGCCGUCUCAGCCUUCCUCAACGAAGAGGUCGACCCACGCGACGUCCCUGUCAUCGGCAUCGCCUCCAGCGGCGGCGGCUGUCGCGCUAUGAUCGCCUCCCUCGCGACCUUCGAAACCUUCGACCGUGUCGGCCUCCUCCGCGGGACAACCUACAUCGCCGGCGUGUCCGGAUCCACAUGGGCCAUGUCGAGUCUGUACUCCGUCGGUCGCGACUGGGACGCUCUCCGCGAUCGUCUGCAGAAGCAGUUGUCCGACAACUACCUCAGCGUUCGCGACCUCGUCAAUGCGAUUAACAGCCCGGACGGACCGCAGGUGCUUAUGGGGAUGGCGCAGAAAUAUUUCGGGGACAGGAGCUUCUCCACUGUCGAUCUCUACGGGACUUUACUCUCCGCACGAGUCAGAGCAGCCGGGAACAUACAUCACGGCCCGCAACGAAACUUCGGCAAACUCUCCGACCAACGCUGGGCCAUGACCUACGAAGACCUGCCUCUCCCCAUCUAUACCGCCGUCUCCCACGAGGUUGGCAAAAAGGAAGCGAAAUACCAAUGGUGGGAAUUCACCCCGUUCGAAGUCGGAUUUCAGAAAAUGCUUCCGAGCCAACAACGCCUGUUCAGCGCAUGGGUCCCCACAUGGAGCUUUGGACGACAGUUCGAGAAAGGGGAGAGUGUCGAACGGCUGCCUGAGAUUAGUCUGGGACUGCUGUUGGGAACUUUUGGAUCGGCGUUCACGGCGUCCGUGGCUGCGAUUUGGAAUGAGUUCCAGGAUGUAUUGCCCAAAACAUUGCAACAAAGGAUACUGCCCCUACUGGAGGACAUCUCGCAGGUGCACCCCAUCUCCCCCGCGACGUUCCCGAACCCGUUAUACCACCUCCGCCGGCCGGAAUCCCCCGACGACACAGACGACGACCUCGCCAUCCUAAAUGCUCCUACAUUAGCGCUCAUGGACGCCGGCUUCGAGAACAACAUUCCGUUCGCGCCCCUCCUCCGUCAGGAACGACAGGUCGACCUCGUCAUAGCUGUCGAUGCGAGCAUGGAUGUGGGUGUGGACCCUUGGCUGAGGAAGGCGGAGAAGUAUGCGAAGGAGAGGGGGGUUGUCUUUCCCCCGUUACCGCUGCCUGAGACUGGUGAUGCAAAGGGGAAGGAGGUGACAGAUGAUGCGGAGGCCAGAUGUCGGAUCUUUUCUACCAUUAAGGACGCGGCGCAUAUCAACACUCGGUCGCCAGAAACACACCGGCAAGCGCCUUCUGACCAAUCCCACGCGCCACCACCACUAUCCCAUGAUUUCACCCUGAUCUACCUCCCCCUUCUUCGCAACCCAACCUACUCCGCGACCCUCGACCCGCAACGCACCGAAUGGUGCGCAACCCAUAAUUUCACCUUCACACCCUCGCAAACAGCACAACUCGCUGGGCUGGCGAACGCGAAUGUCGAGGAAAGUUUGGAACGAAUCAGGGACGCCGUGAGGAGAGCGUGGAGGGCGAAACGGGCGCGGAGAGAGAGGAGGGAGCGCGAGAGGUGGGGAAGGAAGAUGGAGGAUGGGCCUGCCGAGGAGUUCUGAGGGGACACGAUCACCCCAACAUUGCACCCGGCUACGUAACACUCACAACAAGUUUUAUAGCGAACUAUUUGCUAUCCACACAUCGCGCAGUCAUCGAGCUUCCUCGAGCUGGAACUCCUCGGUUGCGUGCUCUAUCAUCGUCACCAUACGUGUUCCGUACAUAUCCUGGAUACGGUGCACACAUCCUCAAAUCCACACGACCAUCGGAGCUUCAAAUAUUGUAUUAGUACCAGCAUUAUACAUAGCACGCACAUGUAGAUAGUCUCUCUCAAAUUUGUCACAGGCAUCAAUCACUCACUCAAAUCCCUCCUACAUCAAAUCAAUAAGGUCGGUUGAAGCCAUUGUCCCUUGCUCCAAUAUGCCUACCAUUCGCAGCUUGCUGCAGCCAGGCAAGCUGCCAAGGCACACCUUGACUUGAGG